AUGCUUAUUUCAUGCAGAGCUUCUGUACUUGAGAAAGCCUCAAAAUCAGUUUGGGAUUUAAUUUUAGACAAUACUGGCCUGGGAAAGGAGAUAAGUGAAACUGUUGAAAGAGUGUUUUGUCGAUUUAGUGGCCAGGAGCCACCUUUAUUUCCACUUCCAAAUGGAGAACCACAACCUGAUAAGGAGGCUGACAGCAGAAAAGAAAAAGGUAAAGGAAAGCAGAAAGAAAAUGAAAAUGCGAAUUCUAAUACUCUAUCAAAGAAAAGAAGCUUCAGUGAAAUAAAUUUGGAAGCAGCGGAUGAAACUGCAACCAGGUCCUCUGAUCCUGCAGCAAUAUUUGAAGGUUCUGGAAAAUCACCUCUAUCAAUUUCUAAGACUUGA